AACGAAAUUCUUGCUUGGCUAAUACACGGUACGUAUUACUUGUACUCUUGGGUUUAGCGCGGUGAAAUGCUCCAACACAGUUUAGUGCUGUGAUGAUUUUGAAAGAACGAGGAACGUAUUCAGAUACCAUGGUACCGUAAACCUUUGUCCAAGAUGUGAAAGCAAUCGCCUAAACCAUUUUGACGCCGAGAAAGAAAACAAACUGAGCAGCAGUAGUCUAUCAUUCCAUCUAAUUUCCAAUCUUCUGAUUAAAAGUUUUGGCUCGAUAUUCGUACCAGCAUGAGCGAAAGCAUCAAUGGUAGCGAAAGCUACGAGGACUACACAGACUAUACCCUCCCAGUGUCAUUCUUGUUCUUCAUGAUACUAUUGGCUUUUAUAUUGCUUCUUGGAAGGGCCUUGCAUAAUCGACCGAAGCUAAAAUCCAUCUUGUCCGAACCUGCCAUGACGCUGAUCGUAAGUGUCUUCUUUUCGUUCAUGAUAAAAACCUUUUUCGUCGGGGAAGAUUAUGCUUCAGAAGGCAGUAACCAAGACCAAGCCGAUGACGAUGGAUACUAUAACUACGACGAUGGCCAUCAAAAUGACAACAACAGCAAUAGAAAUUACGUUGGGGUUGAUCAAAACAAGCUAUCCAAAUAUUUGUUUACCUUUUCGGGAGAAGUUUUCUGGAUGGUCUUUUUACCUCCUAUCAUGUUCAAUUCGGGCUAUGAAUUGAAACGCGAGCUCUUCUUUCGACACCUAAAACCAAUCUUAUCUUUUGCGGUCUUCGGGACUGCUCUUUCGGGUAUAAUUACGGGAUUGAUCCUAUUUGGAGUCUCUAACCUUGGCUGGACAGACCCGGUAGAUGCAAAUUUGCUCGAGUUUCUUACAUUCGGCUCCCUCAUUGCUGCAACUGACACCGUGAGUGUUUUGGGAGUGCUCAAUGCAAAAAAAGUAAACCCGCACCUAUUCAGUCUAGUCUUUGGUGAGUCGGCUCUGAACGAUGCCGUGGCCAUUGUCCUAUUUCAAUCAUUUUCCCGCCUCGUCAAGAUGGGAGGCAUCGGAAGCAAGGAAUAUCUGGUUGACGAAGUGGUCCAUUUCAUUGUGACAUUUUUGCUAGAUAUACUGGGCUGUCCAAUCAUGGGGAUUGCUUUCUCCUUUGUGGCAGCCUUACUUUUCAAAAUGGUGGACUUUCACGGGACACCCGUCUUGGAAUUAAGUUUGUACCUUCUCAUCAUGUACAUACCCUUUAUCGUGGCGGAGGUAAUGGGCAUGAGUGGAAUCGUCACAAUUUUCUUUACUGGAAUCUUUGCACGUCGAUACAUCGAACCUAAUGUAUCAAAUGAAACCAAGCACAAUGCUGAAGUCAUUUUCAAUCUGGUCGCCUAUCUGGCUGAAAUGUGCAUCUUUAUUAAUCUAGGCCUUUCUGUAUUCGGCUUCUCUGGCAGUUUUCACUGGGCCUUCAUCGGUUUCGCUUUAAUUGCAUCUUUAAUUGGACGGGCAAUGAGCAUAUACCCGAUAUCAUUCCUAUUCAAUUGGUCACUUGUGGAACGAAGCGAGGGACCUGUCUCACCUGUUUAUAACAGACGGGCAACGAUAGAUGUGGUCACUAACAAAGAUGUACUAAGGAAUACCGAGGCAGCAUUAUCGUCAUUGCAGACAAUCACGGACAGCGACAAGGACGAUUUUGUUGAGAAGAACGCGGAUAGAUUGUAUCGCGAGAAAGAUGCAAAUGUUUCUUUCUCAGACGUCAGUAUUGUGAGGCACACGCCCGAGAAGAGCCUCGACAAGGUUAUUCCAGCAAAGUUCAUGCACUUUUUAUGGUUCGCCGGCCUUCGGGGAGCUGUCGCUUACGCAUGGUACGUUCACUAGAAAUGAAAAACUGUUCGAAAGGAUGCUUCUGUUUCUCGGUUCUCGCAUUCUGAUUAUUUUCUUAUCUAUUUUUCCAGCGCUCGAGAUUUCCCCGACGUAUACGGUAACAAAGACGAGGUAGUAGCAGCUACAAUGGUUAUUGUUUUCUUCAGCAUCAUAAUUAUGGGAGCGUGCUGCGAAUCAUUUUUGAUCGCUCUUAAUAUUCGAAUGGGCGUAGACAAUAAUGAAUAUAUGCGGGAGUGGCGGAACCGACGAAGCUUAAAUGGGCCACUUCAUAGCUUUGGUAAGUGAAUACUAACAAUGAGUAACAUCAUUCUGCGUCGAAUGAUAGAUACUGACGGCAAGUUUCCUUUCCUCGACCGACCUCCAGAAAAGCGAUUUGUUUACGAUGUAGUGGUUCGCAGUAUUGAAAAUGAUAUCGAAUUGACCGGAGAGCCAUUUCAUCUUACUAAUGAAGAUGGUUCUUUGACACGGAAAUCUGCAACAAGUGAGAGGGCGACGACCGCAUCUUCAACAGCAAACACACUGACCGGGUUGCAAUAUUCAUGAUCAUAUCAAUGAUCUUGCUGCACAAGAAAGCAAAUGAUAUGGAAAGGCAAAUCGCGAUCUUUUUGGUACGAAAAGAAUUUGGUUGCGAGAUAGAAGUCCUGUAUUUUGUUGUGGACCACAACCACCAAUGACACUGGAGCAGGUAACAAAGGAGCAGUGGAUUCAUACAACAAGUCAAUGGUAGAAUGAAGGGCAAGACGGGAGUUAAACAAAAGUAGUUAGACAAC